AUGCAGGAACAAAGAAAGGCCUCAUUGCUUAGCCUAGACCGUGGCGGGUGUGUUUCUUUAGUAGUGGAGCUCUCCGCUCCCCAGCUGGCCUCCCUCAAGGGGAGCAAGUGGCAGGGCUUGCUUUCCAGCCUGCCUCACCAGAUGUGUGGGCGCAGAGGCAGCCGGCAGGCUGGGGAACCCCACAAUCACCUAAUUAAGGAGGGCUGUACUUUGCAUGUAGCAGGUUUAGCGUGUUUCUCUCCCUCUGAGCUGCCUUUCCUUCUCCCCACCCACAGCUGCCUGCCAUGGAGUUCUGGGGCUCGGGCUCUGCUCUCCUUCGCCCAGGCUUGA